CCGGGGAAUUCUAGAGGCGGAGGAGGGUGGCGAGGAGCUCUCGCUUUCUCUCGCUCCCUCCCUCGCCUACUCCGUCUCUCUCUCUCUCUCUCUUUCUCUCUCUCUCUCUCCUUUCCAUUUUCCCCCUCUAAAUCCUCCCUGCCCUGCGCGCCUGGACGCAGAUUUAGGAAGCGAAUUCGCUCACGUUUUAGGACAAGGAACAGAGGCACGGGAGAAGAGCUCUCUGCAAGAUUCGGAUUGAAACCCAGACACCCUCCGGAGGCUCGGAGCGGAGGAAGGAGGAGGAGGGCGAACGGAAGCCAGUUUGCAGUUCAAGUUUUGAUAGCGCCGGUCGUAGGGGGUUUAAAUCAGAAUUUUUUUUGUUUUUUAAGAGAGACUUUUCCGCUCUCUCGCUCCCGGUGCAAGCCGGGUCUAGCGCAAGUGCAGACGCCUUCAGCGAGAAAGAGAGAGAGGAAGAGAGAUAGGGAGGCGGGGGAAGAAGAAAAAGGGAAGGUAAAAAGUCUAGGAGAACCAUUCGCAUUUGCAACAAAGAACCCAGGGACUGGGGAGAGAUUCCCGGGACGGAGGGCUGGAGUGUCUAUUUCGAGCUCAGCGGCGGGGCUCCGGCGCGAGCCGAGACCCUGCUCGCUCCUCUCGCUUCUGAAACCGACUUUCCGGAGCGGCUUUUUGAACACGCGAGGCACAAGAACAGUCACCCGAGCGACUAUGUCUCCUGAUUUUUCGCCUUGCCCUCUUUAAAAGCGGCAUUCUCCUCCCCAAAAGACGCUUCCCCUCCCUUUGAAGUGCUUUAGUUGUGCUUUCUUCCUUUUUUUUUUUUUUCCUCUUUUUCUUUUGAACUAUGUGCGGCUGGUAAACAAACCAACCAACCAACCAAAAAAACCCCAAAAGCCAAAGACAGCAGCUGCGGACUUGUCCCCGGCUGGAGCCCAGCGCCCCGCCUGGAGUGGAUGAGCCUCUCCAUGAGAGAUCCGGUCAUUCCUGGGACAAGCAUGGCCUACCAUCCGUUCCUACCUCACCGGGCGCCGGACUUCGCCAUGAGCGCGGUGCUGGGUCACCAGCCGCCCUUCUUCCCCGCGCUGACGCUGCCUCCCAACGGCGCGGCGGCGCUCUCGCUGCCGGGCGCCCUGGCCAAGCCGAUCAUGGAUCAAUUGGUGGGGGCGGCGGAAACCGGCAUCCCGUUCUCGUCCCUGGGGCCCCAGGCGCAUCUGAGGCCUCUGAAGACCAUGGAGCCCGAAGAAGAAGUGGAGGACGACCCCAAGGUGCACCUGGAGGCUAAAGAACUCUGGGAUCAGUUUCACAAGCGGGGCACGGAGAUGGUCAUUACCAAGUCGGGAAGGCGAAUGUUUCCUCCAUUUAAAGUGAGAUGUUCUGGGCUGGAUAAAAAAGCCAAAUAUAUUUUACUGAUGGACAUUAUAGCUGCUGAUGACUGCCGAUACAAGUUUCACAAUUCUCGGUGGAUGGUGGCAGGUAAAGCUGACCCUGAAAUGCCAAAGAGAAUGUACAUUCACCCGGACAGCCCCGCUACCGGGGAGCAGUGGAUGUCUAAAGUCGUCACUUUCCACAAACUGAAACUCACCAACAACAUUUCGGACAAACAUGGAUUUACUUUGGCCUUCCCAAGUGAUCACGCAACGUGGCAGGGGAAUUAUAGUUUUGGUACUCAGACUAUAUUGAACUCCAUGCACAAAUACCAGCCCCGGUUCCACAUUGUAAGAGCCAAUGACAUCUUGAAACUCCCUUAUAGUACAUUUCGGACAUACUUAUUCCCCGAAACUGAAUUCAUCGCUGUGACUGCAUACCAGAAUGACAAGAUAACUCAGUUAAAAAUAGACAACAACCCUUUUGCUAAAGGUUUUCGGGACACUGGAAAUGGCAGGAGAGAAAAACGAAAACAGCUCACCCUGCAGUCCAUGAGAGUGUUCGAUGAAAGACACAAAAAGGAGAAUGGGACCUCGGAUGAGUCCUCCAGCGAACAGGCAGCCUUCAACUGCUUCGCUCAGGCUUCUUCUCCGGCAGUCUCCACCGUAGGGACGUCAAACCUCAAAGGUAGGGGCCUGGCCAUGUCGCCUUUCGGAAGCCUGUUCCCUUACCCCUACACGUACAUGGCGGCUGCGGCGGCCGCCUCCUCCGCAGCAGCCUCCAGCUCGGUGCACCGCCACCCCUUCCUCAAUCUGAACACCAUGCGCCCGCGGCUGCGCUACAGUCCCUACUCCAUCCCGGUGCCGGUGCCCGACAGCAGCAGCCUGCUCACCACCGCCCUGCCCUCCAUGGCGGCGGCCGCGGGGCCCCUGGACGCCAAAGCCGCUGCCCUGGCGGCCAGCCCGGCCUCGGUGGCCGUGGACUCGGGCUCUGAACUGAACAGCCGCUCCUCCACGCUGUCCUCCAGCUCCGUGUCCUUGUCGCCCAAACUCUGCUCGGAGAAGGAGGCGGCCACCAGCGAACUGCAGAGUAUCCAGCGGUUGGUCAGCGGCUUGGAAGCCAAGCCGGACAGAUCCCGCAGCGCGUCCCCGUAAACCCCUCCCGGAGAAAGUCUCUUCAUUCCAGUCCAGUCGAGUCUGCAGUGCACUUUGUCGGAUGUAAAAUAAACCACGGGCCUCCGUGGGGUUAGCCCUGCCUUUUGCAGUCGUGUCUGGGAAGGGGCCGGACUCCCUCGAGAGAAUGUACUAGAGACAGGCCCUGUCUUCUUGGCGUGGUUUAUAUAUCCGGGAUCUGGCUCCGAUUCCGGGGCUCAGAAACGUCUGUUGCAUUGAGCUGUUGGGGGUGGAAGUUCAAACAUUUGUGUCCAGAGAAACUUCCAGCAAGGCUGGUCUGGGAGCUGUGGCUGAAGAAAGCAGUAGCCAAGCCCACCAGGAGGGAAGGUGUUCAAAGCCAUUUAUCUCCCUCAGUGUGGAUUUAUAUAUAUAUAUAUUUUUUUUUCUUUCCUUCACUGUGUCAAGUGGAAACAAAAACAAAUAAAAUUAAAAAAAAUCGGGACAAAUGAAUACAUUAACAUGAUUCUGUUUGUGGAGAUUAAAAAUUUUAUAGUGACUUGCGUAUCAGUUCUCAAUAAAUUACUGAGCAGCAUUGUUUGGGUGGGGAAGUCCCUGCCAUCCUUGUUUAGUCUGUAUUAAGGAAAUCUGUGUCUUUUUAAUAUUCUUGUGAUGUUUUAAGAGCCGCUAUAGGUCUCUUCUUGCAUGUUCCACAGUGAUGUAUUUGUGGGUUUUAUUUUGAAUGCUUGCUUUUAGAGAGAAAACAGCAUAACCCCACGCCCUUCUCCCCAUCCGGUGUCCUCAAAAAUCGGAGACCCCAAGGGGGAGGGAGGAUUUAGAGGGAAGAAGGGUGGAAAACACACACAAAAAUGAAUUUAUUUUAUCUAAGCUGUGUAGCAGGAUUCAUGUUGUCCCUCUUGAGCAGUUCUCUUUCCUGUAUAUGCAAUAACAAGGUUUUAAAAAAAUAAUAAAGAAGCGCGACUAUUAGACAAAGUAUUUAUGUAAUUAUUUGAUAACUUGUAAAUAGGUGGAAUAUGAAUGCUUGGAAAAUUAAACUUUAAUUUAUUGACAUUGUAUAUAGCUCUAUGUAAAUAGGAUGGCAACUGUUGGGUUUUGUGUUCUUGUUUUCCUUUAGUCGGUUUCAUUUCCAGGUCACAGAAUUGGCUGUUUCACACUAGAAAACACACUUUCUGCACCAACACCAACACACUUGCAAAAGAGCUGUUUGCAAAAUAUUUUUUUUUUCUUUUUUAAUGUCCCAAAGUUGGGGAGAGUGUUAUUUCCUAUUUUAGCCAAAAUUGGGGAGGGGGUGCCACUUUCCAGUUCUACUUUAAAUCUCUUAAAACAUAACUCAGAUUGCUGUGGGGAGGAAGGAGUGUAGAGACCAUGGUUUAACUUUCUAAGUUUUCUUUUGUAUUCACAUUUGCUCAUCUCUGAUUUUCCUCAAAACAAAGUGGAAUUAAUUUACUACUGUUGUCGAUAUUGACGGUGUUUUGAAUUGGUGCCUACAGAGAUACACGGUUCAAAAGUCAGGUGCUGAGAGAUGGUUUAAAGACAAAAGUUCGUGAAGGUAUAUUUUGUGUUGUAGUUGUUGAUGGGUUCUUUGGUUUUCUGUAUUAUUUUCCCCCCUCUCUUUAAAACAUCACUGAAAUUUCAAUAAAUUUUUAUUGAAACGUCU